CCUGUUUGCAGUCCCAGCUGGCGCCGCAAGUUCCCUUUUCUCGUCUCCGGAGAGAUCCAGCCGGAUCAGCUCGAUCGCGGCAACGCGAAGUGAAUCGGGAUCGUUUACCACGCGAAAACACUUGUCGUUACUUUCGUUUAAUUUGCGUCUUCCAUAUCUGACGUGAUGACGUUCCGUUUACAAGAAAUCGAGAGUGAGCUAGUUCUGUGACAACCUGUUUGCCUGAUUGUAUUUGUUUGUUACAAAAACAAGCGGCACAGUUACAUACUGGAACAGUUACACGUGAUUAACAUUAGAGUAAAUGUAAAUUACAGUCCGGACAGCCGAGGGGCUUACAAAACUGAAUGGAUACUUUCGUACGGUCGCUUCUAAGAAGUUGUGGUUUAUCUGCGUUAUGGGUUCUCCUGUUACUAUCACCUACUGCUCUCGCUUCAUACAGUAUCGGCGUCGGAAGAGCUGACAGCACAGGGCCGACCGCAGAAAUUGUCUUUAUGGGAUAUGCAAAAAUGGAGCAAAAGGGAAAUGGUCUUCACCUUCGCACUUUUGCCAGAACUUUCAUAAUUGACGACGGCAUGGAAAGAUUCGUGUUUGUCAGCGUGGAUAGUGCCAUGAUUGGCAAUGACAUCAGACAGGAGGUAUUGCGCAAACUGAAAAGCCAAUUUGGUGACAUGUACACGGAGAGGAACGUGAUGAUUAGCGGCACGCACACGCAUUCAGCCCCCGGGGGCUUCAUGCUAGAUGUGCUUUUCGAUUUAACCACAUUCGGCUUCGUCAGGGAAUCGUUCGACGCUAUCGUUAAUGGCAUAACGAAGAGCAUCCAACGUGCCCACAAUGCCGUAGUGCCCGGAAGAAUCUUCAUCGCUCACGGAAAAGUUUUGGGGGCUAACAUUAAUAGGAGUCCGCAGGCGUAUCUUAAUAAUCCGAAAUCGGAAAGAGAUAAAUAUGAAUAUGACGUAGACAAGAUAUUAACACAGAUACAAUUCAUUGAUGCUGAUAACAAGCCUUUGGGUGCCAUAAAUUGGUUUGCCGUGCAUCCAACUAGCAUGAAUAAUACGAAUCACCUUGUCUCCAGCGAUAAUGUGGGCUAUGCUUCGAUCCUCUUUGAGAAAAUGAUGAGUAACAACGCCACAGUCGGCACAGGUGAGUUCGUAGCUACCUUUGCCUCGACUAAUCUUGGCGACGUUUCGCCAAAUACACGUGGACCAAAGUGCGAAUUCUCCGGAAGCAACUGCUCCGAUCAGUAUACGUGCCCCGGAAAAAAGGAAAUGUGCUUUGCCUCCGGUCCUGGAAAGGAUAUGUUUGAGAGCACGAGCAUUAUUGCUCACAAAAUUUACCAAGAGGCCGCGAGAUUGUGGCAAAGUGACGAAUCAGUGGAAGUGAUUGGGCCAGUGCGAGCGGUUCAUCAAUACGUGGAUAUGCCAGAACAGUCCACAGAAUUCUAUAACGAAACCACGGGCAAAUUUGAAGAGGUGCACGGCUGUGUACCUGCAAUGGGCUAUAGCUUCGCAGCUGGUACAACUGAUGGACCUGGCUCGUUUGUUUUCGAGCAGGGAACAACGACGUCAAAUCCCUUUUGGAAUGCUGUACGAAACUUUUUGGCUACUCCCACGGAAAACGAUAUUCGCUGUCAAAGUCCAAAACCUAUUUUAUUAGCUACCGGACGGAUGAAACUCCCCUAUCAAUGGCAGCCGAAAAUCGUCUCGACACAAGUAGCCGUAAUCGGGAACGUCGUCAUCGCCGGCGUGCCUGGUGAAUUCACGACAAUGUCCGGAAGAAGAUUGCGAGAGGCUAUCAAGAAAGUCAUGAACGAUGCAUCCGACGAAACGUCUGUAAUAGUUGCAGGGCUCUGCAAUACUUACAGCGAUUACAUAACAACGCCUGAGGAAUAUCAAAUACAGAGAUACGAAGGCGCGUCGACAAUUUACGGCCCGCAUACGCUUACAAUAUACUUGAAGCAAUAUCAAGAACUAGUACAGGCGGCCAUACAAAGUAAACCUGUUUCACCAGGACCACCCGCUCCGAAGUUGCUACAAAGUAACUUGAUCACUCUUGUACCGCCCGUGCUCUACGACACUCCGCGAUGGGGACGCAAUUUCGGGGAUGUCAUCCAGCAGCCGCCGAAAGUCGCGUCGCCCGGUGACACGGUUACGGCGAUUUUUGUCGCCGGUCAUCCCCGUAACAAUUUAAUGGCCGAUAGUACGUUCCUGACGGUGGAGCGAUUAGAGGAUGAUGAAGUAUGGAUACCGGUCGCCACAGAUGCUGAUUGGGAGACUAAAUUUCAAUGGAGGCGAACUUCUAUGAUACUGGGGUCGAGUCAGGUGACCAUUACGUGGGAAAUCCCUCAGGACGUUAAACCAGGCGAAUAUCGCAUCCGACAUAAUGGUUAUUAUCGCUAUGUCCUUGGUGGCGUGUAUCCUUACUAUGGUGUCACCAAUCAUUUUCACUUGAAAGUUCCUGCACUUAACAUCCGUCAACGUUACUAUGGAUGAUGACUUGAUAUCUUUUUUGUCCUUUCUUACGUGCUUUCAUAGUCAAGGAAAUUAUUACGCUUAUUUUACAAUUGAAUUGAUUCAGUUGUAAAAUCGACAUAUAUGUGUAAAUAGAUAAUCCAUUAAAUUACAAUUUAACGAGUGUGUAAACAGAAUGACUUUCUGUUUGAAAGAUUCUCGCGUUCAUUACACACAAGCUUGUACAUAAAAUAAACAAUUUUCUCUCCUCAUAAA